AAUGAACUCGACCUUCUCUUUCUUGGGGGCAGCCCUGAUCAUCUGUCGCACCGUCUUCUCGCAGAAGGGACAUCCUAGCCCCUGCUAUGAGCGUAGGGAGUCAGAUAGCGGGAGGCAGACUUGCCGAGAUGCCUUUGGAAAGCGAUGAUGCGCGAAUUUGACGAUGUGCUCCUCAGGUCAUCUGUCUGAGGGGCAGCAUUGCCUGCCGUCGGGAAGCCUCGGACAACCUCGUGCUCUUGUAGCGGCAGAAGAGACUUGACAUCCGCCCAGAUCCACGACAUCCUCGCAACCCAGGCCAAGCCAAGCCAAGCCGUCGGUCGCUCGGUGGCACUCGCACUUUCUCGAAGUUUCGUUGUCGCGACGGGCGAUAAUCGAUAAAGACGAGAUCAGCUGGCAGGGAGCGGGCAAGCAUGGGCAAGGACUACUACAAGUCACUCGGCGUCGACAAGACUGCCACCGACGAUGAGCUCAAGAAGGCCUACAAGAAGAUGGCGAUGAAGUGGCACCCCGACAGGAAUGCGGGCAAAGAAGAAGCGGCAGGGAAGAAGUUCAAGGAGAUCUCAGAAGCGUAUGAAGUGCUGUCCGACUCGAACAAGCGUGCAAUUUACGACCAAGUGGGCGAGGAAGGCCUCAAGGGCCGGCCCCCUCCCGGUGCUUCAGCCUCUGGCUUUGGCGGUAUGCCAGGCGGAGGCGGGGGCAACCCAUUUGCAUCCUUUGGCGGAGGCGCAGGCGGUCCAGGCUUCUCGUUCUCGAGUAGCGGCGGUCCAGGCGGUUUCCAGCCAAGCGAUCCCACGACAAUCUUCGAACAGAUGUUCGGUAGCGCAUUCGGAGGCGCAGGUGGGGGAGGAGGCAACCCUUUUGCUUCCUUCGCCGGCGGACAGCCAAGGAGAGCGCAGAGCGGCAUGCACCCCAUGGACGUCGACGACGACAUGGCUGGCAUGUUUGGAGGCGGAGCAUCAGGCAUGCCAGGUGGGAUGCCCAACGGCAGGGGGACGCCAGAACCCAUCAAGGCGCCGGAAAUCACUCGACCGCUACCUGUCGACCUCGAAUCAUUAUACACAGGCACCACCAAAAAGCUCAAGAUUAGCAGGAAGACGCUUUCCGGCGCACAAGAAGAGAAAGUGCUGGAGAUUGUCAUCAAGCCAGGCUGGAAAGCAGGCACGAAGAUUCGCUUCAAUGGGGCAGGCAACGAGGAAAGGACUUCUCGAGGCACGACCUCUCAAGACAUCGUCUUCGUCGUCGAAGAGCGACCCCAUCCGACGUUCAAGCGCGAUGGCGACGACCUCGUCUACCCACUACCUGUACCCCUUGCGGACGCCUUGGCAGGAACAACGGAGAAGAAACGGAGCGUCAAGCAUCUCUCCGGCGAAGUCAUCACAUUCAACGUGCCCUUCCCAAAUCCGCAAACGGGCGGCAUUCCUUUGAAACCAGGCCAGGAAAUCAGAGUGCCCGGCAAAGGGUUCCCGAUCACACGCAAAGGCAGCGGAAAAGGCAAAGGCGACAUGGUCGUCAAAGUCGACCUACAAAUGCCUGCCAGGGUGACAGCGGAGCAGGCGCUGCAACUGCGCAAUCUGCUGUGAAGUACGGUUUGGAUCGACCAGCAUAUGUGUGAAAUUUGUGUAGCAUUGUAUAUCUCGUACAACAGCCUUGCUUCUCGCGUUAU